CGUGCGUGCGCGCACCCUUCUAUCGCGUGGUGGGGAUCAUCCAUAUUGCUACUAGUGGUAGAGAUAAGGUUGUAAUUUUGAGAGAAUACCGGGCGUUUUAUAUGUUUUAAUUUAGCAUUGACCACUCUGCGUCUUAGACUGAAGGUUACUUGGUCUAGGGGUGGAGUGGAGAAGCAGCUGAUACCAGGCGAUUCCACCGAAUACUUAAUUUUUCUUCCCGAAUUGAAGGCGAAUUUGGGGGUGUCGUGAGGAAAGGGGGAAAUGGCCACUCAGGUGGAGGCUCUAUUGCCCAACAACCCUCUUGUCAAGCAAGAGGAGCAUGGACAUGCGGGCAACAUGCUCCACGAUGAGGUGUGUUCCGAGGCAGGGGCGAAGCGGAGGAGUACUGACGUUGCGGGGAGCCGCUCCAGGACGGACGACCCGGAGCAGGACACCGCGGACAACGAGGAGACACCGAAACAGGGGACAGAGGAGAGCCACAGCCAGGGCAAAGACAGCCUGACGUCGGAUCAGAUGGUUUUUAACAACCUGACGGAGGACUCUUCUAAAGGCAACCCAAAGGAAUUUACUGAAGCCCCCCCGCCCAAGGUGAACCCAUGGACUAAGAAGAUGAAUGCGGUAACCGUGGUCAACGUGAACGGACAAGCUCAUGAGCCCACGGGCCCGGCCAAGGUGGUGCGGGCAGGGAACCCACCCCGGCCCCGGCGAGGGGGAAAGGUUGGAGAUUUUGGAGACGCCAACAACUGGCCAACUCCAGGGGAGAUCGCCACGAAAGACACACAGGUGGAGGUAGUGGCACGGACGGUGCCCUGCCCACCCAUCGUCAAGCAGGUCCGAGACUCUCAGAGACUCCCCCCCCCCAAGAAGACGGCGGUGAAGAAGGAGACCAAGGAGAAGAAGGAGAGCAACGAGGAGAGCAAGGAGAACCUGAAGGCCAAGUCGGACGACUCCGGGGAGGAGAAGAACGGAGAGGAGGACUCCCAGAAGAAUGGGCAGAAGAAGAAGGGCCCCAAACACAAGUGGGUCCCGCUGAUGAUCGAGGUGAAGUCGGAGGGACCCCGGGAGCGUUCUGCCUCCAGGAACAACAGCCGGCAGAACGAGAACCCCCGCAUGCCCCCCAACGCCAGGAACGACCUCAGAGAUUGGCACAGUCAGAAGUACGAGCGGGAGUGGCGCGACGACCACGACGAGGUGUCGAGCGUGAAGAGCGAGGGCACGCCGUUCCGCGGCGGGUUCAGAGGUCGCGGCCGUGGCAGAGGAAGGGGCCGAGGGCGUGGCCGAGGAGGGCGAGGUCACUAUGACCACCACUACGGCUACAAGGCCUACGAGGGGAAGGAUGGCGCCUACGGCCAGAAAUUCAACAGCACGGUCACCUACUACUACGACAACAUGAGCAGCAACGAGCUAUACACCGUGGACCACGAUCUGCUCAAGGACUACAUCAAGCGGCAGAUCGAGUACUACUUCAGCCUGGACAACCUGGAGCGGGACUUCUUCCUGCGGAGGAAGAUGGACCAGGAAGGCUUCCUGCCCAUCGGACUGAUCGCCAGCUUCCACCGUGUGCAGGCUCUCACCACCGACCUCAGCCUCAUCCUGGAGGCCUUGAAGGACAGCAAGGAGGUGGAGAUCAUUGACCUGAAGAUCCGCCGCAAGGAGGACCCAGACAAAUGGCCGCUGCCGCCGCUGGCCAUGGGCGACCCCGCGCAGACAGACUUCUCCCAGCUCAUCAACUGCCCCGAGUUUGUGCCACGCCAGCCCACCGAGGCCCCCAAAGGUUCUUCCAGGGCUUCAGGGGGCACCAGAAAGCAGCUGAAGAUGGAGCCAGACAUCUCCAACCUGAAGACCAUGCCCAAGGGUCUCUCCGCCAGCUUGCCAGAUCUGGACUCGGAGUCCUGGAUCGAGGUGAAGAAGAGGCCCCGGGCCUCCCCGGCUAGACCCAAGUCCCCCUCGUUGCAGAAGGAGAAGGAUGAGGUGACUCGCUCCCCCCUGCCCCUGUGUAUGAGCUCUCCCUCCCCCAGCGCUGCAGGCCCCAAGGAGGGCGGCGCCGAGCCCGACGAGCCCGAGGAGCUGGACUUCAUGUUCGACGAGGAGAUGGAGCAGAUGGACGGCCGGCGCAACACCUUCACCGACUGGUCGGACGACGAGGACUCGGACUGCGAGAUCGACGACCACGACGUCAACAAGAUCCUGAUCGUGACGCAGACGCCGCCCUACCUGCGCAAGCACCCGGGCGGCGACCGCACCGGCAAGCACACGGCGCGCUCCAAGCUGACCACGGAGCUGGUGAAGGUGAUCAACGACGGCCUCUUCUACUACGAGCGGGACCUGUGGGACGACACCUGCGACCCGGAGUACGCCACCAUCAAGCAAGAGGUGGAGAACUUCAAGAAGGUCCACCUGAUCACCCGGGAAGAGUUUGACUGCUUAACCCCUGAACCGCCGGUGGACCCCAACCAAGAAGUCCCCCCAGGCCCUCCAAAGGGCCAGCUAAUCCCCACAGACGCCCUGGCCAACAAGCUGUUUGGCGCGCCGGAGCCCUCCGCCAUGGCCCGCUCGCUCCCCACCACCGUGCCCGACUCGCCCAACUACCGCGGCGCCCGCACGCCGCGCACGCCACGCACGCCCCACCGCAAGGACUCCACCAUGACGCCGCGCUUCUACCCCGUGGUCAAGGAGGGCCGGCCGGUCGACGCUAAGACCCCCAGGAAGAGGAAGACCCGACACAGCUCCAACCCCCCCAUGGAGUGCCACGUGGGCUGGGUGAUGGACUCUAGAGAGCACCGCUCCCGCACCGCCUCCGUCAGCUCCAACGCCAGCCCCUCCGAGGGCACCCCUGCCCUGGGCAACAUCGGCUGCACGCCCCAGUCGCUGCCCAAGUUCCAGCACCCCUCCCACGAGCUGCUCAAGGAGAACGGCUUCACGCAACACGUUUACCACAAGUACCGCAGACGCUGCCUCAACGAGCGGAAGCGCCUGGGGAUCGGCCAAUCGCAGGAGAUGAACACGCUGUUCCGCUUCUGGUCCUUCUUCCUGAGGGACCACUUCAACAGGAAGAUGUACGAGGAGUUCAAGCAGCUGGUGGUGGAGGACGGCAAGGAGGGCUACAGGUACGGUCUGGAGUGCUUGUUCAGGUACUUCAGCUACGGCCUGGAGAGAAAGUUCCGGCCUGACAUCUUCAAGGACUUCCAGGAGGAGACCAUGAAGGACUAUGAAGCUGGCCAGCUCUACGGCCUGGAGAAGUUCUGGGCCUUCCUGAAGUACUCCAAGAACAAGAGCAUGGAGAUCGACCCAAAGCUGCAGGAGUUCCUCAGCAAGUUCAAGCGCCUGGAAGACUUCAGGAUUGAUCCCCCCAUGGAGGACGGAGGACGCCGGAGACACUCCUCCAGCGGCGGGGACGGACGCCGGCGCCACCCCUCACUGCCCUCCAGCCGCCCCCACAGCCAAGCCAGCUCGGGCCCCUCCACGGCCCCGGGCCCCGUCAACCCCACCAAGGACGAUGCCAAAAAUGCGAAAGCUCCCGCCGCUGAGGACGACGACAAGGCCGUGAAGUAACCCUGCCACGCCCGCAGGCCGCGAUCCAGACCCGCGGGCCCCGGCCCCGGGGCCACCAGGGGUCCUCGGCUGCGGGGUGGGCCGGGGGGAGGUUGGGUGUGGGAGGGGGGGGAAGAGGGCGGGUCCAACCGUACACGCAAGCCAAACAUUUUAGUUUUUAUUCAGUUUUAAUUUGUUUUUCAAAUCCCGUUCAUCGCUUUCAUGGCUCCUUUUUAUUUUGGGAUGGGGGGGAAGGACUAUAUCUGAAAUGUUAGAUUCAUUCUUUUUUAUUGCUCCUCGGGACAAGAAUUGAUUUUACUUUUCUUGAAGGAUUGACUUUGGACCCACCCCAGCCCCCCCCCCUCCCCCCCUCCGGUUCAGUUCCCACCCCCACACCCCCCUGACCUCAUUAGCUCUGAACCGGACUCCACCAGGCUUGUAAACCAUGAUCCUCACCGCCAUCCCUUAUAUGGUCGGUGCUUCCUUCAAACACAGGAUUGGAUGGGAAACUUGGAAAUAUUAUUAAAAAAUAUUUUAUUUAGCAUUUAGGGCUGGACAUUAAGAUUGGAAAAAAAUUACAAAUUCCAAUCAUCAAGAAGAGGAAGGAAGAAAAAAAGACAAUGAAUCCCUCAGUUUGAACAUGAUCGUUAAAAAGUUGCCUUAUUUAAAUGGUUUCACUGCUUCUAACUUGUGCCCGCCACCUUAACGUCAGUUGUACAGCAUCAAAAUGGCCGAUCACGCAAUAUCAGUCACCACUCCUAACAGUGGCCACUAGGUGACACCCUUUUUACCUAGGAAAAAAAAACAUGACAACAACAAUCCCUCAUGCUCCUCCUGCUGUGACCUUUUGUUUGAAAACCGUCUUCCAAGUAUCACGUGGUCUGUUACAACACCCCCCCCUCCCCACCUAGUCUUCAAAUCGUACCGCUUCUCGUGCUACAAGGUCUCCCAGGGUUGGGAAUGGGCCUUCCGACCACGGCACGCCUCUCAAAACAGCCCCCCCACCCCCCUCUUCCACGGACCGUAUGUAGCCAAGCAUCCAUCCGUCUGACAUCCAUCCACGCAUCCAUCCGCCACCGCCAGAGGCUGAGGGACUGGGACACCAAACUGGGUUCACUUGAAAUAAUCACCGGCUUGGAGGAGUGGGUGCUGUCUCCUGGGAGAGGGGGGGGCAGUUUGACGGGCCGGUACUGGAGCUCGGUGCUUCGAGAGGAGUUCCUUGGUGCCUUGCCCGGCGGCACUGGUGUGUGGCGGGUUCUCUACAGCGACACACGCUUGCUUGGCAUUGGGGGGGGGGGGGGGGGCCUCGCCUCGCCUCGCCUCGCCAGACACUCACGGGCACACGGAAAUGCAUCCUGGGAAAAGCAGAGAUACAGACGCUCGUCAACACGUACACAUCGCCGGACGCCCCGGCGUCUUUUUGUCUGCGUUGCCUCAGCGGGACGAAAACUAUUUGUUGUGUUUGUGUUUGAGGUAACCCUGCGACCGGUGGACCUUGGCUGGGGUCGCUGGUUUUGACAUGUUUUAGUCCGGAUCAGAGGGAGCCGGUGUUUCUCCGCUCAAGUGCAAAUGAUAUCAGCUAGAGUGGUUUAUCAUUAUUUUGACUUUCUUUUCCGUUCCACUAAUGUAAAUGUGAAUUAGCCAGAGGAGAAGAGGCGGGCUCGGUGUUGUUUAUAGAACAGAUGACUAUAUCGCCUUACAUGUUUAUCGGCUCUUCUUUUUAAUGGUCUUUUUAUCAUUAUUGUUUAACGCUUUUUAAUUUACUAUUUGCUGUGUUACUAAGCAAUGUUACGGAAGUCUUUGGGUUUGUUUCGUCUGCGUCUGAGGACCGUAGUCGGGCUGUCGGCAAGGGGACAUGUUGCACGCUAGAAAAGGGAAAGAAAAGCUCAUCAAGGUGUCCCUGUUAUUUUAAAAUGAGUUGCAGAAUUUCACAUUGAAAUGAUAGUUUGCUUGUUUUUCCUUUCUUCUCCAUGGAUCGUGUUACGAUUGACCUGUUGCAGAUUCCCUGGGGAGGAAGGAUGUAACUGAAGUUAGAUUGGUUACACCCUCUCUAAUGGCCAUUUAAAAAUCUGGAACACUGACAAGAAUGACAAAUGAAACUCAUUUGAACCAAAAAAUCCGGAGGAGAUACUAUUUAGACUCAAAAUACUUAUGAAGACAAGCCAAAAAUUUGCCCUAGAAGUUUAUGUCCAAAUCUGCCAAAGACGUAUGUCGUAUUUACGGCAGCCUUUUUGAAUGGUGACCAAUGUUUUAUCUUCAACCAAACCUCAUUCUAAAGUCUUAAAUGUUUAAGAUUAAAUUGGGUCCCCUCAGAAAUUGCCCUUGCUCUGAAGUUCCCAAUGAGCAGUGUUCCCGCACGUACAGACAACCUCUUAUGUUUCUUUUAGUUUUUAAAUGUGUUUUUAUUUGAAGCCGCUUUGGUUUUUUUUCUCAGAAGAUGCAAAACAAAAAAGGAGCCAACUUUUAUUUUAUUUGAUCUUCUUUUGUUGGUUUUACAUACCGAGGAUGGGCUGAUUCUAGAGACUGCAAAUAGAGAUGAAAAUCACUCAUUUGAUUAUCGUGUUACUCAGCAAUUAGCGUGGGGUGAAGAAAAGAGAAAAAGCUCCAUGCAUUACCUUAUUGAUGCCUGAUCCGGGAUCAAUGAGACCUGGGAUCAAGGGGACCAGGCCACCGGGGGGCGCCCCUCUUCAACACGCCUCCAUCUACCUGGACUGGCCCCCAGCUUAGCGGUGACCCCCCCCCCCCCGCUCCCAACUCAAGAGGGGUUGUUCACGGAGGGCGGCGUUGCUCCCCCCCCCCCCCCUUUUCAGCGUACAGCUUCUGACGUUCUACAGGAACAUGUGGUGGCUCUCUGAACAAACUCUAGGUGGUGCUGUGACCACCGCUCUAGGUGUGGACCGGGCUGGUGGGCACUGAAGAGGAGACCAGAGGACGGGAGAACCAGAGGAGAGGGGGGGUGGUGGGGGGAUCCAUCGGACGCAGUCUGCGGACCUCACGAGUCGUAAGGCUGGCUAUGAUGACUGGAGACUGAAAAAAAAAAACAGGACAAAAUUCCAUAAAGCCAUAUAAAAUAAGAAAUAGCUGUAUACGAACCAUUAAAACCUGUUAAUAGACCAUUACCAUUACAAUAUCCUAGGCUUGUCAUGAGGAACAAAAAAAGACAAAAAUGAGGAAAAAAGGAACAAAAAAAACAAAAUGGAAAAAAUGUAAAAUACUUGAAUGAGAUCUUGUAUUAUAACAUUUAAUAUUCAUAAUAUCUGCUUUGUAGGCUGAUGUGAUUCGCUAUUAGUGUUAUUUGUAAUUUGUAGUAAUUAUGCUUUUCCUUAAUAAAGAAAAAAAAAACACAAAAUGGACAAAAAAACCCUA